CGUAUGAAGUUAUGGACUAUAGAGUAAUAUAUUCAUACGCCCACGACACAAAUCUUGACCACUUUUCCCUUUUCAAUGCACUUUUUCGCCCUUUCCUUUGCUCUCCUUCAUAAUGACUUCUCCUUCAUGUCAAGCUAUUUUCCUUACGGCACUGGAGUAGGGAAUUUCCGGGCGAAAUUUUGGUAAUUGGCUUUCUUAAUGGCUUUUACCCGACAUUGAUUAUGCUCGUUAUUAUCCAGUCAAUGCCAUACGACUAACUAAUGAAUGAGUCACUCUCUUCGGGUGUUUUUGAAUGACAUUAAAUUGAAGAACCCAAAAGCUUUUGCCUUUUCGCAUUCUCAUCAACUUUCCUUCUCUGUAAGUUUCCCAAAAUACUGUCCUGGGUUAUCUUCUCAGUGUUUGCGUAUGCGGUUUUCAUGAUCACACUAUCUGAAUGAGUAUAAAGUUAGAUUCUUUUGCAGUUUCAGGGGUUGGAAAGAUUGAAUCUUGAGGGUUUUGGGUAGUGAGGGUAAGAAGAUAGAGUGGGCGGGCGGGGAUCGUUGUUUCUGACAAUGGCUACUCAGAGUCAGAGAAGAGCAUUCGACCCUGUGAUUGGGGUAAGAAAUCGAGGCCGGGCUGGGGUGGCAUCACAGCUGCCAUCAUGGGUUUUCUCUGUUUCAAAUGCUGAAUCUGACAUGGAUACCUGCUCUGAUUCAGACGAAGACGAUGGUGGCAUGAGGUAUUCGUUUGAAACUUCGCCGCAGGAUGACAAGAUUCCCAAUGGCAGGCAAUCAACUGCUUCUUUUCGGUUCGGAAAAGGCGCUUCUUGGGCCCAUACAAAUGUACAUUCAAACGGGAGCAGUGGAAAAAAGGGAUUGAAUAUUAGGAUGGUCAAUGACGACAUUCCGAGUGCGCCACCCUUGGCUGGUUCUCACCAUGCUCAUCACCAAACUACUGAGCAUUUUAAAAACUUUGAGGCAGAUGUUACUUCAAUAUCUGGUGCAUCUCGUUGUUCUGCAACCACAGGUGAACCUUCCACUAGCACAUCACAAUGUUCAAAAAAAAGUAGAAUACCCGAUCCAAUUGAGAGGUCUGCUGCUAUAUCCAGUAAUCACUCGUUUUCUCAGUUUCCUACAUACCAAGCAAGCGGAAGAGGUACAUGGUAUGCUUUUGUUUCUUAUGAGGCAUGUCUCCGGCUUUGUCUCCACUCAUGGGCCAAAGGCUGCGCAGAAGCUCCUGUCUUCUUAGAAAAUGAAUGCGCUCUAUUACUAAAUGCAUUUGGAUUAAAGCAGGCGUUAUUACAACCCGAGGAAGAAUUAUUGAGGAAAACGUCAACAGAUCUUGUCAGUGAGGGAGCAAUGGUUAAAACAAAGAAAACUUUUGGCAAGAUGAAAGUCCAAGUGCGUAAAGUGAAAAUGGGUUUUGAACCACCAAACGGAUGCAGCUUUUCCUCUAUAAAGCCAUCAAAAGAAAAGAUUGAUUCACUUCGCUUUCAGAUUUCCAACUUAAAAUCAACACUCAGUUCUGAGUGGGGAGUAAUAAGGAAAGUCCGUGUUUCUCCCAGACUUCCUCCAAACGCCUCUAUUUCACAUCAAAGCUUGGCAGUUUUGCAUGCUGGUGCUCGGUAUAUGAAAGAUGUGUCCGGGAUUCUAAAACUUGGCUUUACUACCCUUAGAACCACUUCCAAAUCAUAUGAAGUGGUGCCAGAAACAUAUCCUUGUUUGCUGAGGGUGAAGAGUUUGCCCGAGGAGGAUGCUGUCAAAAUGCAGCCUGGAUCUACUGAAAGUCAUAUAUUCUUACCUGAUGGAAUUGGAGAUGACUUAAUUAUUGAAGUGCAUGAUUCUAAGGGAGUUUAUUGUGGCCGUGCCAUAGCUCAAAUAGCUGAUAUUUCUGAAGACCAGGGAGAGAAGCUUCGUUGGUGGCCCAUAUACCAUGAACCAGAGCAUGAAAUUGUUGGAAGAGUACAAUUGUACAUAAAUUAUUCUACUAGUGCAGAUGAAAGUCAUGAUACUAAGUGUGGGACUGUUGCAGAGACUGUUGCCUAUGACUGUGUUUUGGAGGCAGCAAUGAAAGUACAGCAGUUUCAACAAAGAAAUUUGUUGCUUCAUGGUUGUUGGAAGUGGUUGGUAUCUGAAUUUGCAUCCUAUUAUGGAAUUUCCGAUGCAUAUACCAAGCUAAGGUAUCUUUCAUAUAUCAUGGAUGUUGCAACACCGACUGCAGACUGUUUGGAUUUGGUUCAUGAUUUGAUGUUACCUGUAGUUAUGAAAGGCAGAACUAAAAACACCCUGAGUCACCAAGAGAAUCGUAUCCUGGGAGAAGUUUCUGAGAAAAUUGAGGAGAUCAUUGCUUUAGCUUUUGAAAACUACAAGUCUCUGGAUGAAUCAUUGCCAACAGGGAUAGCUGAUACAUUCAGACCAGCUACAGGAGAUGCUCCUCCAGCCCUUGCUUCUUCUUUAAAGCUCUAUAAUCUUCUGCAUGAUAUCCUUUCUCCAGAGGCACAGCUGAAGCUAUGCAGAUACUUUCAGAUUGCUGCAAAGAAGAGAGCCAAACAUCACUUGUCAGAGACUGAUGAAUUUGUAUCUAAUUACAGCGAGAAAAUAUUGAUGGAUCCUGUAGCUGUUUCCACAGCUUAUCAGAAAAUGGUCUCUCUUUGUUUGAAUAUCCGAAAUGAAAUUCUUACCGACUUGGAGAUCCACAGUCAAGAUGUACUCCCAAGUUUCUUGGACCUUCCGAAUCUUUCUUCAGCCAUAUAUAGCGCCGAGCUAUGUAACAGACUGCGUGCAUUCCUUAUAGCAUGCCCUCCAACUGGCCCAUCGUCUCCUAUGGCAGGCCUCAUUAUUGCAACCUCUGAUUUUCAGAGGGCCCUGAUUUCCUGGAACAUUAGUCCGGUCAAAGGUGGAGUUGAUGCAAAGGAGUUGUUUGACUUACACAUAAACCGUUGGAUCUAUGACAAAAGGCAGUCUUUGCUUGAUUUGUGCAAACUUGAUAAGAUGAAGUGGGCUGGAAUGGACACACAGCCUUCCACAACUCCUUUUAUUGAUGACAUCUAUGAUCGCUUAAAGGAGACCUUGAGUGAAUAUGAGAUUAUCAUCAGUCGCUGGCCUGAAUAUGUUUUUCCGUUAGAAUGUGCUAUAGCAGAUGUUGAGAAGGCAGUUAUGGAAACUUUGGAUAAACAAUAUGCAGAGGUCCUAUCUCCACUCAAAGAAAUAGGGGUUCCGUUUAAGUUAGGUUUGAAAUAUGUACAGAAAAUGACUAAAGGGAAUGUGGGUCCAUAUGCAGUUCCCAAUGAGCUGGGAAUUCUUUUGAAUUCCAUGAAAAGGAUGCUUGACGUUGUACGACCCCAAAUAGAAACUCAGUUCAAGUCAUGGGGUUCUUGCCUUCCCGACAGCAGCAAUGUGCUCCCAGGAGAGCGUAUCAGUGAGAUCACGAUAAUGCUUCGAACCAAAUUUAAAAGUUAUAUGCAAGCUUUGAUGGAUAAGCUUGUUGAAAAUACAAAGCUCCAGAAUACCACAAAGUUGAAGAAAAUAAUCCAAGACGCGAAGGAGGGUGUAAUUGAAUCUGAUUUGCGUAGUAGGAUGCAGCCUUUAAAGGAAAUGCUAGAAAAUAUGAUCGAUCAACUACAUGUAGUAUUUGAAACUCAAGUUUUUAUAAUUAUUUGCCGAGGAUUUUGGGAUCGAAUGGGACAGGACGUGCUGAAGUUUUUGGAAAAUAUUAAAGAUAGCAGGUCUUGGUAUAAUGCUUCACGUAUUGCCGUAACUAUUUUAGAAGAUAUAUUUGCAUCACACAUGCAGAAACUGUUGGGAAAUGCACUUCUAGAGAAAGACAUGGAACCUCCAAGAUCAAUUCUUGAAGUUCGGUCAAUGUUGUGUAAGAAUGCAGUGAAUGACCAAGACAAUGACUUCUUCUACUAAAACUUACCAUGGCAUGUAUGUAAUUCUAGCGCCACCAAACUGCGCCUUAGAAAUGAUGGGUAUCAUUUUUCUCAUACCUGAAGAUUUUUUUUCGCUGCAGUUCAACCUCAUUAGCGAUCCCUUGCAAGUGUAUGUAUUACUUGAUUCAACUAGUAUGAUGUUAAUAACGAUUGUACAUUCAGUCAAAAUGGCCGCAUACUAAAAAUACAAACUGAAACUUAUUGCUGCUGGCUGCAGUACACUUGAACAAAA